UCCGGCCGGCCGGCCUUCCUUAUUUCACUCACCACACCAUCCAGCAGCUACCUUAAUUUGACACGGUCCGAUCCGUACUCCAUAGCAAGUGCUGCCUGUUGAUCCUUAGCUUGUUAAUUUUCUCUGAUCCAUGGAAGGUGGCUUCAACAAGGCCAGCUCACCGGAGGCGUCCGGCGAGGGCGGCACGCGGCGGGCGCCGGCGGGGGCCUACUACGAGUGCUCCUUCUGCAAGAGGGGGUUCACCAACGCGCAGGCGCUCGGCGGCCACAUGAACAUCCACCGCAAGGACCGCGGCGGCAAGCCCGGCGCCGCGCCGCCACAGCAGGACGACGCCGGUGGCUCCCGGACCUACGGCGGCGGCGACGUGCACCUGGGCCUCUCCCUGGGGAGGAAGGAGGAUGUCGAUCUGGAGCUCAGGCUUGGGGGCUAUCCCUAUAAUUAAUAGCAGUAGAAAACCCGCAAAACUUGCUGAACUAGUGGAGAGCCGGAUCGAAUCAGCUGCUAUAUGUGCUGCUGAUUGAUAUAGGUACGGAGCUACUCGUUUUGCUGCUCGAUCGAUUUCAGAUUUUUCAUUCUAUUUGGUAGUUUGGUUCU